UUAAGCAUCCGGGACCUCGCCAUCGUAGAAGAUAUGGCGGACAUGUAUAAUGAAAAUUGAAAGGAUAUUUAGUGUAAAUAUUUAGUGAAUGAGUGUUUAUAGUAUUUUAAACUAACAAGCACGGGAAAUUUAGUUGAGCACUCGUUAUAAUAAUAAAACGAUGCAGAAUAUAGGACGUUCUAUAACUCAGAAUCAAGAUAAAGUGUCUGUGCAACAACUAGAUACUGCAAAAUUGUCGACUCCCCAUAGUUCUAAUUGUAGUACAGCGGACAUUGAAAGUGAUCCGUAUUGUGGACAAAAGGCUGAUUUUGCUGAAUUAGAUUCUUCUGAUAGUGAUGAAGAAUCAGUGUCCGAGGAUUUGGAGGACGCAGAAGUUGGAGAUGGUGCAUUUCUUCUUGAAUCCGAUGAGAAUGGAAGAACAGUUGAUCCUGAAACUCAGGCACGUUUGGAAGCACUGCUGGAGGCUGCAGGUAUUGGCAUGUCAUCAGGGGAUGGCAAGCAUUUGGCAGAUCCAGAUGUUUUGCGUCGAUUGACAUCAUCUGUUUCUUGUGCCUUGGAUGAAGCAGCUGCUGCCCUAACACGAAUGAGAUCUGAUAAUCCACGACAUUCCGAAAAGAGAACUUUAGUGGAAGCAUGUUCUGAUGGAGAUGUUGGUACAGUUAGAAGGCUUUUAACAGAAGGUCGCUCAGUUCAUGAAACAACAGAAGAUGGUGAAUCCUUACUAUCUUUAGCUUGCUCUGCGGGUUACUAUGAAUUAGCUCAGGUACUCAUUGCUAUGAAUGCUAAUGUGGAAGAUAGGGGAAUAAAAGGUGAUUGCACUCCAAUAAUGGAAGCUGCUUCUGCAGGGCAUGCUCAGAUGGUUACACUCCUUAUUGAAAAUGGUGCAGAUGUUAAUGCGCAAUCUUCAUCAGGUAAUACACCUUUAAUGUAUGGAUGUGCUGGUGGUCAUGAUGAAGUUGUAAAGAUUUUACUAGCAAAUGGGGCUAAUGUAGAAGAUCACAAUGAAAAUGGUCAUACUCCCCUCAUGGAAGCUGCUUCUGCUGGUCAUGUGGGAGUUGCCAAGAUUCUACUAGAAAAUGGUGCUGGCAUCAAUACACACUCCAAUGAAUUCAAAGAGAGUGCUUUGACCCUAGCCUGCUACAAAGGUCAUUUAGAUAUGGUUAGGUUCUUGUUAUUGGCUGGUGCUGAUCAAGAGCACAAGACUGAUGAAAUGCAUACGGCUUUAAUGGAGGCUUCAAUGGAUGGUCAUGUUGAAGUAGCUCGUCCUUUAGAUUCUGGUGCACAGGUUAAUAUGCCUACAGAUAGUUUUGAAUCUCCUUUGACAUUGGCAGCUUGGGGACAUGUAGAUCUAGCAAUGCUUCUUAUUGAACGAGGAGCAAAUAUUGAAGAAGUAAACGAUGAAGGAUACACUCCAUUGAUGGAGGCUGCAAGAGAGGGUCAUGAAGAAAUGUGUUGGACUUCUGUUAUCAAGGCAAUUGACAUUAAAUGCUCAACUGAAGAGACCCAAGAAACUGCUUUAACCUUGGCUUGUUGUGGAGGAUUUUUAGAAGUAGCUGAUUAUUUAAUUAAAGCUGGAGCCAAUAUUGAGUUAGGUGCAUCCACGCCCUUGAUGGAAGCAGCUCAAGAGGGACAUCUUGAUUUAGUUCGAUACUUACUGGAGGUUAAUGCAGAUGUUCAUACACAAACUCAAACUGGUGAUACAGCUUUGACUUAUGCUUGUGAAAAUGGUCAUACUGAUGUUGCUGAGCUAUUAUUGCAGUAUGGUGCUGAUCUUGUGAAAAAAUAG